AUGUGCACCUUAGGCGCCAAAGCUGACGGACAGCCCCUAAAACAUUGGGCCUUCGUGGAAACAGAAAUCCUCCAAGCUAUAGCCGUUAAACCCAAAGACAUGAACCCCCACACAAAAAAAAUUAGAGCUUUAGCAGAACAAGUGGAAGAGGAAAAGAGGACCCUCAGGAGCAGCAAGUACAAAGUACAGAAUAGUCCAGGAGCAGUAAAAGCAAAAAAGAGAGUCUGGGGAAUAAAGCUAGAAAUAGUCACUAGCAGCCAAGAAUUAACUCAGAAGCGAUAG